AUGGACCAGGAACUGGAACACCCAGAAGGCAGUGUGGAGGAGGUGAAUGAGGAGAAUGACAGGGACGAAUAUCAGCCUGUGGGUCUCAGUAAACUAUCCCCGUAUCUGACAACAGUUCCUGCUGCCAUGAUAAAGUUUUCAAGUCUCAGAAAAACUAAAAUGCCUGACACUUCAGCCACCACGAAGUUACCAGAUGCAAAACAAAGCGAUUUAUUGGAGGGGCCAUUCGGCUUGGGCUCUCUAGUUUUCCCUUCUUUACAACGUUUCAACAACAUUACCUUCUUCCUCUUUAUGAACUGUAUAGUGGUCCUAGCUCAAGGUCUUAUAUUUGGUUUUAUUGAUUUGAGUACUGGACAUUUUGAGAAGGAAUUUUAUCUGUCAAGGCCAGAGAAAAUUAUAUUGUCCUCUGCUUAUGAUUUUGCAUCUUUACUGAUAGCAAUACCUGUAGCGCACUAUGGAAGUAGAUGGCACAGGCCAAAAUGGGUGGCAGCUGCUGCCUUUUUAGUGGGACUUGGAUCCAUUUUCUGUGCUGUUCCAUACAUGAAAUAUGAAAUUGUAACACCACUAGAAGAAGGCAGAGAGUUGUGCAUAGAACCAGAACACAGGACAAUGAUGGACUGUAAGGAAACCAUUGUACCACACAGAUCAGAAAUUCUUGGUCUCAUCAUUUUGGGGCAGUGUCUCCAGGGAUUUGCAGCAAUACCUAUCUAUGUCCUUGGUGUGACCUACAUUUACGACCACAGUGCCAAAUACUCAUCUGGCAUCUAUAUAGGUGUGACUGAACUUGUACAAGUACUGGGAUACGGUCUGGGUUACAUAGUGGGAUCAACAAAUCUUAAGCCUCCAAACCCUGAAGAUAUGACAGAAGGCUACCUCAAGCAGCAGGUCAUUUGGUGGGCUGGUUAUCUUCUUGCCACUUUACUAUCAUGGAUUGCAUUUUUCCCAUUGUUGUGUUUUCCAACUUACUUACCUGGUGCACACAAGCUAAGACUUCGGAAAGAAAGGGGACCACUCACCUAUGACAAGGAGCUUAAAUAUAAGAAAUUUGGACCUAGUUUGAAGGAUUUGUUUCAUGCUCUUCAGUGCCUGUUCAGGAACCCGCUGAUGAUAUGUUAUGCAAUGUGCAAAGCCACAGAAUCCUUGACUUAUAUUGGAGUUUCAGAAUUUUUGCCCAAAUAUUUAGAAAAUCAGUUUUUGUUAACACCUUCACUUGCUACUCUGCUCACAGGAAUUAUUUUAAUCCCAGGAGGUGCAAUUGGCAAUUUUUUGGGAGGCUUAAUUGUUUCCAAGUUGAGAAUGUCUUGUAGAAGCCAAAUGAAAUUUGUAAUAGUGACAUCUAUUACAUCACUUCUGCUUUUCAUAUUAAUAGCUUUUGUACAGUGUGAAACAGUGCAUUUUGCUGGAAUCAGUGAAGAUUAUGAUGGGGCAGGUGUCUUAGGAAACCUCACAGCUCCAUGCAAUAAGCACUGUGAGUGUGAGAGCUCCAUCUUUGAUUCUGUAUGUGGAAGAGAUGAUGUUGAGUACUUCUCUCCCUGCUUUGCAGGCUGCACAGCUGAAAAACACUUACAAAAUGAAAGGACAUUCUACAAUUGUUCUUGCAUCAAAGAAGGAUUGACAACUGCAGACACCGAGGGUGAUUUUGUUGACGCCGUUCAAGGAAAAUGCAACACCAAGUGUUUUAAAUUACCGUUGUUUUUUGCCUUUUUCUUUUCUUCAAUUGCUUUUUCUACUUCAUCUGCUAUACCAAUCACCUUGAUUAUCCUUCAAACUGUACCUCCCCCUUUAAAGUCACUGGGCAUGGGUGUGACUUAUACAGCUUUGAGAUUAUUUGGAUCCAUCCCUGGACCACUACUUUUUCGAUUAUCAGCAAGUAAUUCUUGUAUUUACUGGGACAUUAAUAAAUGUGGAAUUAGAGGACGUUGUUGGAUCUAUAAUAAGUCAAAAAUGGCCUACACACUGUUGGGAUUAUGUAGUGCUUGCAAAUUGGUCACAAUCUUCCUUCUUUUAUCUGCAAUUCGUAAAUAUGAUGCCAUAGACUGGAGAACCUGUGAGGAUCUGAAUUCUAAGGAUAACACUCUAUCCUUUGAAGAUUUCAUAAGAUUUGUGCUGGACUAUAAUUCAGAAGAGGAAAUAUAG